AUGUUUUCCAGAAUUGGAAAAAACUUCUGGAACAUCUUUAGGUGUAACCCUAAGGAUGUAACUGAACGUCUCUCACAACUGACGGUCACUGAACAAGUGGAACCGGAACCAGUUGUACGAGGAAUUCUCCCUCAGGGGAAGAAUGACUCCAGUUGUAGCGAUAUUAAAGCUACUCCAACCUUUCAGCGUACAAUGAAAGGUAAAGAAGCUGUUCAGAAACAGGCUCAGGAGGAGGCGGAAGGAUACGCCCGGCAGCGGGAUAUCCGAAUGGAUCAGCAAGAGAGAAUGAAGGAAAGACUGAAUGAAGAAUUUCUGGAGGAAGCUGUACAGUUUACUGUUCAGCAGAUCCAGAGAUUAAUUGAGAACGAGAAAUGCCGAAUCCGGCAGGAAGAAGAAAGAGAGAAAGCAAAGAAAGAAAUGAAAAAGCGCAAAUUCAGAAAUGUGCUUCUUAGGAUAAAGGAAAUAGUUGGACAAACAGAACGUGAAGUGGAAGUGGAAAGACAGAAGAAACAGCGCCUGAGAGAAAUGGAAGAAUGGAAACAUCUACAGAGAGAAGCGCAGGAAGAAGCCAACAAAGAGAUUGCGAAUCGCAAACUCAGAAAUGAGCUUCUUCUUGAAAUGCUGCUCAAGAAGAAAGAAGAGGAGAAAGCGAUGGAAGAUCUUUCUGUCGUUGAGGAAGAAGAGAAGAAGGCGAGCUUCGUGGCAGUGAUGGAAGCACAGAGCCCAGAAGAAAUCACUCCAACGGGAGAAGCUCUGAUGCUUCCAGUUCCGGAAACAUCUGCUGAGAAACUGAGGGACUCUUUACCUGAAGAGAAUGUCGUGAUCGAAAAUUCUGAGGCGGCCAAAGAGAUUCGAGCUGCAGUCCGGAGAAAGGAAUUCGAGAAGAGCGAAAGAAAGAGAGCAGCUCGGAUCCGCAAAGCACCACUAAGGAAAAAGCCGUCGUUUUACGACAUUCCUGACAGGGUAAAGGUAAGUUUUGGUUGCGAAAUAAAUAGGCUUUUCUCACAUGAGGAAUAUUGA